UCUGCGGGGCUCUUCAUCCGUGCAGAAUCUCCGCAGACUGUCACCGGGACGCAUCUUUUCUCUCCCCUGUUGUCGUGAAGAGGAACCGGAGCCAAGCUGGAGGCGGCGGUGCACCGGCCUCCUCCUCCCCCGGAGCAGCAGCACUUCCAGUGGGGAGGAACCGAGAGGCAGCCCCCUCCCUGGACCGAUGAACUGGCGGAGAUGUCCCGGCACAUCUACACCCGACACGGGAUAGGAGAAGGGAUGCAGAAGCCCGUGUUCCAGGGUAACAGAGGGACGUUCUCCAGACGCAGCCGCCUGAAGAGGUCUGACGGCAGCACCACCUCCACCAGCUUCAUCCUCAGACAGGGCUCAGCCGAUUCCUACACGAGCCGACCGUCCGACUCGGAUGUUUCCCUGGAGGAGGAGAAGGAGGGCGGGCGGCAGGAGAAGGAGCAGCAGGCCACUGUGCAGCUCGAGAGGGCAAAGACCAAAGCUCCGGCGUUUGCAGUGAGGACGAACGUGAGUUACUGUGGCGCCCUGGAUGAAGAUGUUCCUGUGGCCGGCACCGCCGUCUCCUUUGAUGCUAAGGACUUCCUGCACAUCAAAGAGAAGUACAACAACGACUGGUGGAUCGGCCGUAUGGUGAAAGAAGGCUCUGACAUCGGCUUCAUCCCGAGUCCUCUGAAGCUGGAGAACAUCCGUCUGCAGCAGGAGCAGAAGAGAGGGCGCUUCCACGGCAGUAAAACCAGCGCGAAUUCCUCCUCGAGUCUGGGAGACAUGGUGUCGGGAACAUUCAAGCCGAACCCAAACUCUGCAGGAAAGCAAAAACAGAAAGUGGCUGAGCACGUCCCUCCCUAUGACGUGGUCCCCUCCAUGAGGCCUGUUGUCCUGGUGGGACCCUCCCUCAAAGGUUACGAGGUGACAGAUAUGAUGCAGAAGGCGCUGUUUGACUUCCUGAAGCACAAGUUCGACGGGAAGAUAUCCAUCACAAGGGUAACAGCUGACAUAUCGCUGGCCAAGAGGUCAGUACUAAACAACCCCAGUAAGAGGGCCAUCAUUGAGAGAUCCAACACCCGCUCCAGCCUGGCGGAGGUCCAGAGUGAGAUAGAGAGGAUCUUUGAGCUGGCCCGGUCUCUACAGCUGGUCGUGUUGGACGCAGACACCAUUAACCAUCCUGCACAGCUCAUCAAGACGUCAUUAGCACCCAUCAUCGUCCACGUUAAAGUGUCCUCACCUAAGGUCCUUCAGCGGCUGAUCAAAUCAAGAGGGAAAUCUCAAAGCAAACACCUGAACGUGCAGCUUGUUGCAGCGGAGAAACUAUCACAGUGUCCUUCUGAGAUGUUUGAUAUCAUCCUGGAUGAGAACCAGCUGGAGGAUGCGUGUGAACACCUGUCAGAGUACCUGGAGGCGUACUGGCGUGCCGCUCACACUUCACUGAGCACGCCUCUCAACCCCCUGCUGGGCCGCAAUCUGGGCUCCACUGCGCUCUCUCCGUACCCUGCUGCCAUCCAGGCUCAAAGAAACCGCAACAGCAACCACACGACAGCAGACCUUUCUCCUGUGGAGCACCGCAGCCUGAUGGCCGCCGACGAGAACUACCACAACGAACGAGCGCGGAAAAAUCAAAACCGCUUGUCCUCCGGAUCGCAACACAGCCGAGACCACUCCCCUCUGGUGGAGGAGGAAUAUCAGGACCCCUACCAGGAUGCUUACCAUCCGCAUCGUAACCGAGGAUCCCCAGGAGGAUACAGCCAGGACUCCAGGCAGCGGCACUGAUCUGUAAAUCUAAACAAAGUGUAGGAUGUGGACAAUAAAGGCAGAUUUGUGAUGAAACUACUACAUUCAUUUGGACUGUAACAACCCUUUGUCGAUGUGUAGUACCUUCAUUUCUCCUGUUGGGCCUCGGCUCCUGCCAAUUGAGCAUUUGAACUUUAAAAAAAGAGUAAGAGUCCUGCUCUUGCUUUGUGAUGUGAACCAAGGGAAAGGGACUGGUUGAGAAAGUAGCACAAGAGCAAGUUUUUAAAAUGAGCUAAUCUGAAUACGCCCCAGAUGUGAAGUACACUAGCAGGUGAUAGUGUGUGACGUAUCAGCUGUUACAGUAGCAUGCAGAAAGGACAGGUCACUUCCUGACUCAAAACAGUGCCACAAAGGACCAAAAGGUGAUGCUCAGCACAUAACCUGUUUGCACGCGUCCAAAAGCAGGUUUAAGAAGAGUAUAAUGCAUCUUUUAAAGUUUGUUUGUCUGCGAUGUGAGUGUAAUAAAUCUGUUUUGAGUUUCACACAUUUGCUUUUGAAGUGACAUGAAUGUUGUUGUGGUGACCUCUUCAGGGUUCAUACGGUAGCUCCCUGAGCCAUCUCUUUGUUAUUUUGGGAUGCCAUUUACCGUAUCAAUACAGAAAGGUAAAAAAGGAAACAUGCAGAUACAUAUUUCAUAGCUCCAAACCUCAGGAAUGAGAGGUCAUUUAGACCUAGAAGUGUGCGGACAGAUGUAGCGUUUAUCACCCAUGUGAGGGGGAAUCAAUUCUAUGUUGAGUUGUAAAGGGAUUAAUGAUUUAGUUGUUUCAAGAAAAUAUAUAUUACUAUAUCUAAGGAACUCUUCCAGGAUAAUAAGUUGUCAUGCCAGCAUGUUUCUCAUGUGCCAUGCAUUUAUCAGCAGUUUCCUGUCAUGUGAUUGGCUGGGCAUCAUUUGGGAAAAGAUGGAGUUAGAUUUUAGCAAGUGACUUAUAUUGAGGGCUUCCGUGUGUAAAUUCAGUAAAAAAUUAUUGAACAGAAACUUUAACUUAUUAAAAUGUUCACUUUCAGUACAGACAAUGACAGUCCAAUCAUUACUUAUUUUCAGAGCCUUGCAUACACCUUCAAACAUUUGAUUUAGAAAAAAACAUACUUGUUGUAAAGAAGAACUAAAUUAACAUUGAGUAGCAAUCUAUCAGGCAUCCAUGUUCAUGUUUUCAGCUGAAACCUUUUCUUUGUAUUUAAUUUGAGAUGCAUUACAGACUCCUAUUUGAAAGCACUUGGGCAGGAUGGCUGUAUUUGUCAAAAUGUGUUUUACUUUAACAGCAGUUCCUGACAUGUUCUUAAUCAGAUGCACUUGUAUGCUGCCAGCUGAUACAGGAUCAAUAUAUCAUACUGUAAGCCUUUAAUGACAUGUAUCUUGUAACUAAAUGUUUGUUGAAGUUCACGAGUUUUUCAACAUUCCUUCCUGCUCGUUUAGGCCAGAGAUCUCAAUUGUGCUUCAGAGAGUCUGGAAGAGAAAGACCAACAAGGAGACUUUUGUUCUUAUCUGCCAUAUACAGUAGCUUUUAUUGAUGUUGUUUCAAAACUCUGAGGCAACAAUUUAAAAGAUUUCAAUCCUGCCUGUGUGAGAAUGAUGCAUUGAUUAGAGAAUUUGUGUGCGCUGUAAUUUUACAAUUGUAAUGAAAUAAACUGCCCUUAUGCUGUUGUACAUAAA